GUGUGUGCACUGAGCUGUAUGACUCGGAGCCUCCCUAGCUCUUCUCUAUACUCCCUUCCUUAUAUAUAUCCUCCCUUUCUUCACUUGUUUUCCGCAACACUCUCCAAACCAACACUCUUCAUACAUCACACUUACAAACAAACAUGGAGUUCAUUUCAACCACCAUGUUUUACAUAUUCAUUUUCAUGGUUUCUUCGCUAGCUCUUGUGAAAAUUCUGCUCAAGGUCUUCCCUUCCGGCCACCGAAAAUUGGCUCUCCCUCCGGGCACCAUGGGAUGGCCUUAUAUUGGAGAGACCUUCCAACUUUACUCACAAGACCCUAAUGUUUUCUUUGCCUCCAAAAUCAAGAAGUUUGGGUCAAUAUUCAAGACUCACAUAUUGGGAUGUCCUUGUGUCAUGAUUUCAAGCCCUGCAGCUGCAAAACUUGUACUAGUAACAAAAUCUCAUCUAUUCAAACCAACAUUUCCAGCUAGUAAAGAGAGGAUGUUAGGAAAACAAGCCAUUUUCUUUCACCAAGGACCUUACCAUGCCAAAUUGAGGAAGCUUGUUCUUCGUGCAUUCAUGCCUGAUUCAGUCAAGAACGUAAUCCCGGAUAUCGAGUCCCUAGCUACCGAGUCUCUUAAGUCCUGGGAAGGUGGCCUAAUCAACACCUUCCAAGAAAUGAAAACAUACACAUUCAAUGUGGCAUUACUUUCUAUUUUUGGAAAGGAUGGGAUUCACUACAGAGAAGACCUCAAGAAGUGUUACUACAAUCUGGAAAAAGGGUACAAUUCCAUGCCUAUUAAUCUGCCAGGAACACUCUUCCACAAAGCAAUGAAAGCUAGACAAGAAUUAGCUCAGAUUAUCGCGAAAAUCAUCUCAUUCAGAAGAGAAACAAAGCAAGAUUACAAUGAUUUACUUGGAUCUUUCAUGGGUGACAAAGAAGGCCUUACUGAUGAACAAAUAGCAGAUAACAUGAUUGGUGUUAUUUUCGCGGCCCGUGACACAACUGCCAGUGCCUUAACCUGGAUUGUCAAGUACUUAGCUGAAAAUCCAAGUGUUCUUCAAGCUGUCACAGAAGAGCAAGAAGCAAUAAUGAGGACUAAAGAGGAGUCAGGUGAAAAAAAGGAUCUUUCUUGGGCAGAUACCAAGAAAAUGCCAAUAACUUCAAGGGUUAUUCAAGAAACACUUAGAGUGGCUUCAAUCCUAUCUUUUACCUUCAGAGAAGCUGUUGAGGAUGUUGAAUUUGAAGGAUAUUCAAUACCAAAGGGGUGGAAAGUAUUGCCUCUGUUUAGACAUAUUCACCACAGCCCUGAGAAUUAUUCAGAGCCUGAGAAAUUUGAUCCUUCAAGAUUUGAGGUUUCCCCAAAACCCAAUACUUUCAUGCCAUUUGGCAAUGGGACCCAUGCUUGUCCAGGAAAUGAGCUGGCCAAAACGGAGAUUUUAGUACUUGUACAUCAUAUGACCACAAAAUAUAGGUGGUCUGUGAUGGGCCCACAAACUGGAAUCCAGUAUGCUCCCUUUGCUCUUCCCCAGAAUGGUUUGCCCAUCAGAUUCUCCCUCAAGUAGAUCCCGACCCGUCUCGCUUAUCUUAUAAGUAACUUAUAAGUCGAUUCAGAGCCUGGGCCAGAGUCAGGGACAGAGCAGUCAGCAGAGCCUACAAGCUUCUAAAACUACUCUUGUUCCAACAAAGAGAAAAAGAUUGGAUAAGAAAGAAAGAUACCAUAAAUCCAAUCCAUCAGCACCCUUGAAGAAGGUCAAAAAAGACACAAAUCACAAGAAAAUUUUGACAUAAAAUAGUUAUUUUGACAAUUAUUUUACAGAAAGAGAAGCUGGGAGAAGCAAGUUGUAAAUACAAGAAUCCACCUCCCAUGCAACAGGAAUCAAGGGACAGAUAACUAGCAACAUUUUUUACAUUAUUUUUAGUUUAUCUUAUCUAACAUCUGUAAUUCCAAAAUUUGUAUCAUAGAGUUAGCUGGUUUUUCUUUGUAGGUUUUAUUGUAUUUAUAAUUGCUUUUAUUAUGUAAAAAGUCCGCAAGGCAUGUAAUGAAGUGGUUUUUACACCUUAAUUUAAGGAUGUUUCGAGUUUUUGUAUUAA